CUGGCAUUGACUUGACGUUGGUAAAUCCUCUUUCAGUGAGUGUGGGGAAUACCGGAGUGGCAUGACAAUUGAUGUGAUUGACCCUUGCGAAUAUUGGGAAGCCUUUUAACCCAAACAGGCCCUGCUAUGGUGAGGUGUGUUAGCGAUGACGGAUGAGGAGGCUAGUUAUGAUGACUUCAUCGCCUCUCGACGGUCCGGCCGCAGGAACGCCAUCCAUAAUAUCCCACCAGCCUCUGGAGCUGAAGGCCCCGCUGACCUGUCACAGAGUCUUGCACAGCUCAACAUCAUCAAGUCAGGUGAUGAGGGAGAAGACAAUAAGAAAAGCCAGGACUCUGCAGCUAAAGAAGAGGAGGCUAAAGCUGAGGGAAGCUAAACGCACAUGUAUGGACUCAAACAACGCUGUUCUGUUCACCUGAUCGCUGAUUGCUAGGCUGGAUCCAAUAACCUUGAAUGAACACGGCAAAAUCCUACUGCCACCAUCCCACAAUCAGGAAGUCAUUGCUAUGGCAACCACAGCUCCAUUGAGCAGUUGGGUGUGAUCCAGUUUCCUUAAAAGAUCAAUCUAUCAAUUUGGCACUUUUUUUAAAACAUAAAAUGCUCAGUCUGUCAAAUCAGGACAAAAUACAGGACAUACUGAUGAAAUAUUAUCCCUCCCAUUACCUGUAGAUGGUCCAUGAUGAAGUCUUCAAUCUUGUAGUAUGUGAUGCAAUAGGUGCUGGAGUUUUCUAAUUAAAAACAGGGUGUUAGGUUUUGUACGUACAGAAAGUGUCCAUAUAAUGUGUCUUGCUUUCCUAGUUUUUAACACUGCCAUUGAGCAUUUUUAAAAGGCAUAGUCUGUAAGUGUGUCUGUGUUUAAAAUUGGACUUUGUUUAGGGUGGAUACAGAGAUCAAGAAUGUAUUUGCUGCUUGGAAAAAAGAACAUUGAUUGCACUCCCAUACACUUGUGUGUGUUUUUAUGAUGUAGCAUAUAGCUGUUGAUUGGAUGUAUGAAUUUCUCUGGUUAAUUGGAGUUUUUUUUAGAAUGCUUAAUGCCAUGAUUGGACAGACUACUUAUGACCUUUUCAUUUACCAACCUUCAUCUUCAACCACCCCUCAAUACUAUAAUGGUACAAUAGAAAGCCCUUUGCUGUUUAUACCGAGCACAUCUGUGGAUAUGCACUCCAAGAAUGUCUGUCUUGAUGACCUUUUUAAAAAGUGAAGUCUUUGCUUGUUUGUCUUGGCAACUUAUAAGAAAAUAAAUGAAUUUUUGAAGGAG